CUAAUCUCGUAAUUCUUCUGAGCAGCCUCUUGACUCUCCCAACAACGCACAAUGGUUCGGCAACUUAAACACCACGAGCAAAAACUCCUUCGCAAGGUUGAUUUCCAUACCUACAAAUCAGACAAUAAUCACCGCGACGCUCUUGUUAUUCGCCGCUAUCAAAUCCAGAAGCCCUCCGACUACCAGCAAUACAACAGAAUAUGCGGCUCGCUCAGACAACUCGCACACAAACUAUCCGCCCUCGACCCGUCGGAUCCCUUCCGUCAAAAACAAGAAGAGCUGAUGCUAGAGAAGCUAUUCGAAAUAGGUAUUCUAGGAACUGGCGGAGGUGGACGAGGAAAACUGAGCGAUGUCGAGAACAAGGUCACAGUCUCCGCAUUCUGUAGGAGGAGACUGGGUGUUGUCAUGACACGACUGCGCAUGGCGGACAAUCUGAAUGCAGCGAUCAAAUUUAUCGAACAAGGGCAUGUUCGUGUUGGAACCGAGGUUGUGAUUGAUCCGGCAUACUUGGUGACAAGAAACAUGGAGGACUUUGUGACCUGGGUGGACUCUUCGAAGAUAAAGAAGAACAUCAUGCGAUAUCGUGAUCAGCUCGACGACUUUGAGCUUGAUGGACUUUGAUAUAGAUGAUUACAGCCUUACUUAUGGUUCCCCGUUAGUCCUCCGUAGCAUGCUUUUAGGGCAAAAGGCUGGCUUUGGCUUCAUUUCUGCAUAGCGUUGGAGUAUUACGACUACUUUUUAACUGGUUAAAACCUUUAUCGAUUGUGAGAUCAGCUCGACGACUUUGAGCUUGAUGGACUUUGAUAUAGAUGAUUAUAGCCUUACUUAUGGUUCCCCGUUAGUCCUCCGUAGCAUGCUUUUAGGGUAAAAGGCUGGCUUUGGCUUCAUUUCUGCAUAGCGUUGGAGUAUUACGACUACUUUUUAACUGGUUAAAACCUUUAUCGAUUGUGAGAUCAGCCUACAGAGAUAUCUCUCAGCAUGAACAAAAUUGCAAGCACC